AUGCCGGAUGCGCUCCGCUCCUCCGUGCUCAUCCUCCUCUCCACGCUGCUCACCUGGUCGGCCAACAACGUGGGCGGCCUCGGUGCCGUGACAGCGUCCGCGUCGGUGACCAUGCUAGCAGCACUGGCGCACAAGCAGUCGGCAGCCGCAGUGAUGUGCGCAUCGUUUGCUGGGUGGGUGUCCAGUGAGGUGAUUCCAGACGUGCUGUGGGCCUCGGCCCUGGGCGCCGUCACGGCCCUCACCUUUCAGGCAUUCGUAGUGCUCAAGAUUGGCGAAGGGUGGGGCGGCCGGUUGGGCCUCAUCGCAUUCAUCGCAGUGAAUCUCACCGCGGUAUGUCAGGACCUGGGCAGGGUUGAGCACCUCUUUGAAGGCGAGAGGUAUGCGGUCGUGAGCGGCGACGCCGCCGUCUGGUUUGUCUUUGUCUGUCUGGCCUCCACCACCUUUGGGUCCUUCACCACCAUCUACCUGCGAUGCAACGUCCCAUCCCUGGACAACCCCGCGGCGGCUGCAGCCUUUGUUGGGCUGCUCGGAGCACUAGUCAUGUCGGGCAUACCCACGUCGCUGCUCUUUGCCAAUUUUGGCGGCAAAUCGGGCGAGGUGUCUGCGGCGGUGUAUGGCGGCGCGUUUGUCGGCAUGUCGUCAAAAAACCACGUGCCCAACUACCUCGCCUUCUUGGCGACUGGGGUAUUGGCGGGCGGCCUCAGCGUGGCGCUGCGGGGUGUUUUUGUAGAUGGGAUCGGCGGCAAGUACGGCGCGAUGGCCUUUCUCAGCGUUGGCAUCUACAAGGCGGCGCGCGGCCUCUUCUCUGGCGGGCCGGCCGUGCGCGAGCCCGCGCCGAAGAGUGAGUCGAGAAGCAGAAGGAGCUAUCUCAGCACCCGGCUCACGAUGGUGCGGUCUCCCUCGAUGCUGCCGUUCGACGGCGGCGGGGAGGAGACUGUGAGCAGCGCGGCCGAGAAGCGAGGAACGCAUGUACAGGUAUGA